AUGGCCACCAAUGCACAGUACAGCCACUGUAUGGAACUCCUUGCCUUUCACAAGCCGGUAGAUCGCUACGCGUAUACCCAGACAUUGCUACAGCAGAACCGUCUCGCACGUAGCCCGCCUCCUGUGCGAUGUGCGUCGCCAGCGCGAUCAACAAUCCUUCACGCAGUUAGUCACACUUCCACUACUGCUGCUCUUGGUGGCGGUGUGCAGCGCAGUACUAUGGGAUCACCCAAGAGCAAGGGUGAUGCUUCCGCGCUGUGCAUUGACAGAAGGUACAGCGAAAACAGUGGCCGGCCGCAGCAGUCGCAGCCAGUGACUGCCCAUGCAUGGCGUUUCGCAGGGCGCGCUGGUAACCGCGACUACUUCUCGUUGCCAGCGUCCAGUGUCUCUCGCAGUGCACAGAUGCAGCUUGAGGUUCAGCGUGAGGAGAGGCGGCAUAUUGAGCGUCUGCGGCGUAGACUGAAUACCGGUGGGCGGUAG